AUGGGUUUCUUCGAUCACGAUUCCGAGGAGUACCGUCACCACGACGAGAUGACCAACCGCCCCCACGAGGCUAAGUGGUCUCACGAGCUGAUUGGCGGUGCCGCUGCCUACGAGGCCAUGAAGGCCUACGAGGAGCACGAGGCUCGAAACGGCAAGAUUGAUGAGCACGCCAAGGCCAAGGAGGUUGUCGCCGGCCUCAUCGGCGCUUUCGUCGACCGCGAAGUUGAGACUAAGGGUCUUGACUUCAUUGACCGGGAGAAGGCCAAGCACCACGCCCGUGAGCGUGCCGAGGCGAGCAUGAACAACAGCGGCCGUUGGUAA